UCAAAAGAGUCAUCUCAGAAACCUCUAGCGGGGGUGUUACUGGAAACGAUGUCAUCAUGCAUUACUUCCUCUCAACCUUACCCUUCGGUGGUGUUGGUAACAGUGGGAUGGGCGCCUACCACGGCCAGUACAGCUUUGAGACCUUCUCCCACCGCCGCUCCUGCUUGAUCAAGGACCUGAAGAUGGAGGGUACGAACAAACUCCGGUACCCACCUGGCAGCCAGAAGAAGGUGGAUUGGGCCAAGUUCUUCCUCCUGAAGCGGUUUAACAAGGGCCGAGUGGGACUGGUCAUCUUGGCCCUGCUGGGGAUCGUGGCAGCGGUGGUGAUAAAGAAUCACCAGUCUGUGCUGAAGAGAAAAGCCCUCUUGAUUGUGCUGGCUGUUCAGAGGCUGGGCUGGCUCAGUGAGUGGUAAGGAGGAGCAGGUUUCAGAGCACUGCUGUGGCUGUCACAGUGAGAUGGUUUACUGCUGAAGAGAGGAGAAGGCACCGUGUGCAAGUCAUACUCCGAGUGCUCGCUUUGCAUCUGUUUCCUUAAGCUGAGAAGUCUUUUUUUCUUUUGUACUGGGUUAUUUCAGUGAGCUGUCAAGCACACAGAGUAGCCUUAGAGAGGCACUAACCAAGAGAAGGCUCGGACUCCUGUUUACUGAAAAGCCAUGCUGAAACAGAGGGACCAGUGGGUACAAGCUCUCAAAAGGAGGCCUGCAGAGCAAGAAAUACCAGUCCC